AUGGAGAAGUAUCACAUGUUUGUUGUUAAAUAUGGUCAAGACCAUCCAGAAGUAACUGGCAAGGAAGCAAGAGCAAAAUACGAAGAAUAUAAAGACUUCUACGCUACAUACCAUCGGGACAACCCUGGAGUGACGACAGACUGCUACGCAGAAUUCCUCAAAAUACAUAGCAAGCAAGAUAAGCGAACAAUUGAAGCUGAUAUUUCACUAUUUCAACAAAAUGAAGUGGAGCUAGCUUUUAAUUUAAGUUACAUUGAUGCUGAAAAUGUUAUUGGAGACUUCAAGCAUGAGCUUCAUGCUAAGCACCGAUAUUGGACGGAAUAUCGAACUAAAUAUGUUCUAUACUGGACAUUGUUUCAAGACUCAGGAUACGGCAAAUCUUGUCUUAUCAAAGAGGUCGCCAAGGACAUUCCCACGCUUUACCUUUGCUUAUGUCCUGUAGCAAGUACAGGAUAUCCUUCACAGACAGAAAUCAUUGCAAACUUUUUGGAAAAAACCUUUUUUGUACACCUUCAGCAGGGAGAAGAAUGGCGACUUGCUUACAUUCUUUUUCAGUUAAUGAAUUUAUUUUACACAAAGAGUAAAAGUCACUCACCCGAGCACAUGUGGGACCUACAGAUGGGGCUUUGGGAUCCUUCCUUCUGGACUGAGGUUCUAAAAAACAUAGAGAAUUGGAAACAAGUGACUGAAAAUGACGUGUUAGAGAUUAUGUCUCAAAAUCUCUCUUGGCAGUCAUAUGGGCAAGAAGAUGUUAAGAUGAUUAUAUGCAUUAAUGAGGCUCGGUCUCUUCUUCCUCCUCGAAAAGAUGCCAUUAACCCAUUCAGACUCUUUCGAAGAGCUCUGCGACAGAUCAGCAGGCAAGGCAAAUGGACGAGAUUCUUUGUAUUGUUUCUGGAUACACUUAGUAAAGUAGUAAAUUUUGCACUACCCACUACAGCUGAUCCAUCUACCAGAAAUGACAAUGCGAAUGUGGACCAAGAGACUGGUAUGAUUCUUUUUACACCCUUUAUCAAGCUUUUCACCAUGGAUAUAUUCCAGCAAAGUGAAAUCCCACUUGACAUUACUAACUCAGAAGAUAGAGAAAUGUUUACGCUGACAAGAUUAGGAAGACCACUAGGCUAUAGUUACUUAGAGAGCAACAAGAAAAAUCCCAGACGCCUCAGAAAUUUGAUAGAACAUUUCAAAAUUAAGCUCCUUGGGGGAGUUUAUGAUCUGACACAUGCUUAG